AUGGUUUAUUUUAUUGGACAGGAUUUUAGCACACGCAAUCAAGUUCACAUGAUAUCAAAUACCUCAGGCAAAAAGAUAAGCAUCUACAUAACAACUUAUAAACCGGACUUUAGGUGGAAAAAAGACUUAGAAAUGGAUAAAAGAAACAACAAGAAAACAUGCAGAGCAAAAAAUAAUUUUUGCUCAAUCUGUUUAAAGUCUAAGUUUGAACAAAGAGACGGAGAUUAUUAUAAAUUUGUUACCCAAUCAUGCCCGAUAUGCCAGAAAAAUUGCGAUUAUUGCCACAAUUCGACCAAAGACAAAGAAAUAUGUGACAAAACUACUUUAGAGAAUUUUCGUAAUGUGAAAGAUGUACAGACAUCGGACACAAACGUUACUCAAGGCUUAAAUCUUUUGAAUGAAGUGUUAACUGUUUUUCAAAAGAAAAAAGGAGAUAUUAAUAAGGACAAAAUAAAACCAGUACAUUCGAAAGACGUAGCUGUAUCUACUGAUAAUACAAAGGAUUCUUCCAGACUGACAAUCAGUAAAUUCCACUACUCCAUUGAGGACAGAAAAAAGCCAGAAAUUGGGGCAUUCGUUAUCGUAAACAGUUUUCAGCCAGAUUUUAUUAGAAAAUCACAGUACUCCAUAGAUUUGAUUAAACAUAAAUCUUCUUCGAUACCACAGAUGAAGUUAGAAGAGUUAAAAUAUUCUGUAAAGGAGAAGUCUAAGUCAAAGGACGCGAUAGAAGAAGUAAACAGAAUGUUUGCCACAGUGAGAAAGACUGAUAAAUAUAUUGAAAAUUCAAACCGACCUAUGGUUAGAAACGGUCCUAGAGUGUUACCAGUAGUGAAAAACAUGGUCGGACAGGAUACGAUGAGUGCACAUAUGGAGAAUGUAGAAAAAAAUCCUUGCACGUGUUGCCAGACUUGUAUGUCAAGCGGGGAUUCGUUCACGAAGUUGGAAUGUGGCCAUGAUGUAAAUAAUUCAAACCACGAUAGAAAUGUAUACAUGUUGUGUUGCCAUUAUCAAAAUAAACAAAAAAUGCAAGCUGGCAUGCUGACCUGUGACCAUUGCAGGAGUUCAAAAAAUAAUUAUCGCUGUGAACACGAAAAUUAUGAUGAUUGUUAG